UUCCAUCUUCUUCGUUUCAGGUUUUUUCUCCUCGCUUCAGAGAGAAACCACACUGGUAAGCCUCUGCCUCUCCAAGCGAGCCCUUUUUUACUCCCUUAGCUCAUUCGCGUCGCUUUUUGAGAAACCCUAGAUUCGCGAGAACCUUCUUCUUCCCCUUCUCUUCGCAAAAUCAGAAUCAUAGUUACAAGCUGCGAUUUCAGUUUCAGGGUUUGUUUCCGCGUCAUCGUACAUCUAAUUUCUUGAAUGAAUCAUGGCAAGGAACGCUAUUUCUGAUGAAGAAGGCAUGCGCACAAACCCUAAUUUCUCUGUGUGUAAUGCACGCCGUAAUAGGGUUUCUUCCUGUAACGUGAUGAAUCGCGAAAGCCCUGAUGACGAUGAUGAAGAAGACGACAUUGGUGAAGAUCUCGAAGACUUAAAGCGUGACUGUAUGGUCACCGAGGCCAAUUCCGAUGAGGUCAAAGCGAAAUCCUGUUCUGUUGGAGCCGAUGGAGGCGGCGGCGGCGGAGGAGGGAUACCGUCGGAUUCCGAGAACGAAGACGACUUGGAGAUGCUUCAGAAGCUUAAGAGCAAAUAUGCCUCGUCGAUGGGAUCUAGAAGUGGUCCUCCCAUGUGUUUUUCAGUGCCCUCGGAUUCCGAGAACGAAGACGACUUGGAGAUGCUUCGGAGCAUAAAGAGCCAAUUAGCCUCGUUGGAGCGAUCGAGAAGUGGUCCUCCCAUGGCUUUUUCAGUGCCCGAGAACGAAGACGACUUGGAGAUGCUUCAGAGCAUUAAGAGCCAAUUAGCCUCGUCGGAGGGCUCGACAAGUGUUACUUUUUCAGUGCCCCCGGCUUCCGAGAACGAAGAGGACUUGGAGAUGCUUCAGAGUAUUAAGAGCCAAUCAGCAUUGUCGAGUGACGCGUGCGUUCCGGAUAAAUACGACGACGAAGAUGAUUCUUUUGAAACCAUAAUUUCUGAUGAAGAAGAUGAUCAUGAGCUCGAAGACGGGGAGGUUGAGCCGGUUCAUGGAGAUCCAGUUGACAACGCCGACAACGAUGAUGAAGAUGAAGAUGACAAAGGUGAGGAUGAGUAUGAGAAUGAUGGGUUCAUAGUGAGUGAUGAAGAAGAAGAAGAAGAAGAAGAAGAAGAAGAAGAAGAAGAAGAAGAAGAAGAAGAAGAGGAGGAAGAAGAAGAAAAACAAGAUAGUGAUGGGGAGACGCAGAAAAAAAAGAGGAAACGAAAGGAAAAGGACGAUCUUGAUGAGGAUGAUUAUCUGCUUCUGCAAGAUAACAACGUCAAAUUCGAAAAGAGGAAGUACAAGAGGUUGAAGAAAGCUCAAAGGGAAAGUGAAAAUGGUCAGGGGGGAUCAUCUGAUGAUGAGCUUGAUGGGAGAGGUGGAGCUGGAAGAAGUACUGAGGACAAGAUCAAAGACUUUUUGUUUGAUGAUGAUGUUGAUGUAGAUCUGCCUGAUGAUGUAGGCGAUGAGGAAGAUUUAGCUGAUGAUUUAGGCGAUGAGGAAGAUUUAGCUGUGGAAGAAGAUGUAGUUGGUAGCGAGGAUGAAAUGGCAGAUUUCAUCGUAAAUGACGAUGAGAAAGGUCAUCCUAGGAGUGGAGACGCAGGUAAAAAGAAAAAGAGAUAUAGGCAGGGAUCAGAUGUUAGUGCUAUGCGAGAGGGUAAUGAAAUCUUUGGUGGCGCUAAUGCGUUGUUAAGGCGCAAAAAUCGUUUGGCAUCUAGCGAACCAAGUGAACCAAGUGUGCAAAGAAGGCUGGAAGAUAAUACUGAACCAAGUGUCCUUGAGGAGAAGUACAUGACAGGGAAAGAUGAGGAAAUCUGCCAACUUGAUAUUCCUGAGAGAAUGCAGAUAUCUGAAGAAAGCACUGGAAGCCCUCCAGUAGAUAAAACUAGCAUUGAAGAAGAGAGCAAUUGGAUACAUGCUCAACUUAGUUCUCUAAAAAAGGAUUCUGAUGGACAAAGACUUCACAAUUUUGAAGGACUUUUCUCGGUUAACAAGGAGGAUAUUGCAAAAUUUUUGGAGCUACAUCAUGUGCAGAAAUUAGAGAUACCAUUUAUAGCUAUGUAUCGAAAGGAACAAUGUCGCAGCUUGUUGGACUCUGCUGAUGUCGAUGACCUUAAUAUAGAGAAGAAACCUGAGACCAAGUGGCAUAAGGUCUUCUGGAUGAUUCAGGACUUGGAUAGAAAGUGGCUCCACAUUCGAAAAACAAAAAGCAGGUUGCUUUGUAGCUGUAAUCGUUUCAAAGGAGAGCCUGCCAAUGGUGAAACUACCGUAGAUCAGGAUCUGCUAGAUUCAGUUAUUAGUUAUCUGAAUUUGGCAGAAACAGAAAGAGAGGUUGAGGACGCGAGAAAAAAACUCAACUUGCAUAUUUCUGCAAAUGAAUUUCAAGGGCAGUACAAGAGGCCGCCGAUGAAACCAGGCUGUAGCAUCUACAUGAAAGCGGGGCUCCGGGAGAUUUUAAACAAAUUUGGGUGUAGUGCUGAGAAAUUGGGACUUGCAUUGUGCCAAGAUAUACUGGUUGAAGAGCUGGAGGAUGCAAAGGAAACACCAGAGGAGAUGGCAUCGAACGUAAUGAUUGAAAAUCCUCAAGCUGUUCUUGAGGAUGCACGGCGUAUGGCAGCAUUUGAGAUAAGUCACGAGCCAUCAGUCAAAAAGUAUGUCCGUGGCAUUUAUAUGGAGAAUGCAGUCCUCUCGACUGUUCCAACAGUACUUGGGGAGAAUGUAAUAAAGUAUGGCGAUGAUUGUCAUGGGGUUAGGUGGUUAGAUGAAAAGCCAUUGAGCAAGUUUGAGGAUGCGCAGUGGCUUCUCAUUCAGAAGGCAGAAGAGAAGAAACAUCUUGAAGUAACCUUCGAGCUACCUAAGUGUCACAAGGAUAGACUAUUUAGCCACUUCAGUAAGCACUAUCUUAGUGUUGCUGGUUGUAAGUAUGCCGAACUCUGGAAUAAGGAAAGAACAUUGAUACUUAAAGAGGCUCUGGAAGAAAUCAUUUUGCCAUCAAUGGUAGCAGAAGCAAGAUGCUUGCUAACUAGCAGAGCGAAGAGUUGGUUGCUUUCAGAGUAUGGACAGGCUUUGUGGAACAAGGUGUCUGCAAGGUCAUACCCAAAGAAACGGAAGGACAUUAACUCAGCUGAGGAGGCUGCACCGAAGGUCAUGGCAUGUUGGGGAGCUGGAAAGACACCAAAAACGUUUGUGAUGCUGGAUUCAUCGGGAAAGGUGCUUAAAGUGCUUGAUACUGGAUCCCCCUCACUGCGAUCUCAAAAUGUCAACGGCCAGCAACGUAGAAAGAGUGACCAGGAACGUGUUUUAGAGGUUAUGAUGGACCACCAACCGCAUGUUGUGGCUUUAGGAGCUGUCAAUGAUUUUUCUCUUGCUCGGCUGAAGGGUUAUUUGUUAGAGGUCAUUACCCGGAUGGUAAAGGAAAAGCCAAGAGAUGUUGGACAUUGGUUGAAUGGUUUAGACAUUGUUGUUGUGAACGAAUCGCUUCCAAGGCUAUAUGAAAAUUCUCCAAUCUCAGAUCAACAGCUACCUCAGGAGUCUGCGCCCGUGAAACGUGCAGUUGCUCUUGGACGCUAUUUGCAGAAUCCACUAGCAAUGGUCGCGACUUUAUGUGGUCCACACAGGGAAAUUUUGUCUUGGAAGGUUCAUCCUUUGGACUACCUGCUUCAGGAUGAUGAGAAGUAUGGAAUGGUUGAAAAAGUUAUGGUUGACAUAGCUAACCAGGUUGGCAUCGACAUUAGUUUGGCAACUAUCCACCAGUGGCUUUUCUCUCCUUUACAGUUCAUUUCUGGACUUGGGCCUAGGAAAGCUGCAUAUUUGCAGAGGUCGCUUGUACGAGCUGGUUCGAGAUUUGUCCGCAAAGACCUGUUAGAACAUGGGCUUGGUAAAAAAGUUUUUGAAAAUGCAGCUGGUUUCUUGCGCAUCCAGAGGAGUGGGCUGGCUGCUAGUAGUAGUUUUGAUGACACUCGAAUACAUCCCGAGUCAUAUGGUCUUGCACAAGAAUUGGCGAAGAAUUAUUAUAUAUAUGAUCAUGAUGCUAUAGAUGAUUCCAGUGUUGAUAAGGAUGCGAUUGAGAUGGCAAUACAGCAUGUGAGAGAUCGGGGAGCCUCUUUGAGAAAAGAUUUCCUUGAUGAGUAUCUUGCAAGCCAGAAGCUGGAAAAUAAGAAGGAAACGUGCAGUAAUAUCAUGAGAGAAUUAAGCUGUGGUUUCCAGGAUUGGCGGAUACGGUUUAAAGAUAGUUUGGAAGUCAUGAUGAUCUCUGGCAAAAUUAAAGGUAACCUAAAUUUUUUACAGAGGUAUGCUAGAGACGAAGACAGAAUUGUAAAUGCCAAGCUGAAAUUGCGCUGUGGAAAAGCCAUAUGUGAAUUAGCUUCCGGGUCUAUAGUAGAUUCUGGGUCUAUGAAGGAUGGUUUCUCAGAUCUUGGGAGAGAGAUUGUUGAGAUGUCGGACCGACUGAAAGAAGGUGAAAUUGUAUACUGCAAGAUGGGACUUUUUAAGAAAGAGUAUCCAGCAAAAAGGGAAAAAGAGAAUAGAUAUGAACAAGUGCUCUUUCUUUGGAAAGAGACUGAGUUUAGAAACAACAUGCACCAACAGAAUCGGGAUCCCUAUUACCAUGUGGAUACAAACAAGUUAACUCGAAAAGUAAAGAAGGUGAGAAAGUAUGAUGAUAUAAAGACUCGGAUGACAAACCAUCCUUCUUUCCAAAACUUCACUGCUGACAAAGCAACAGAGUACUUGUCUGACAAAGAUUAUGGAGCAUAUGUUUUUCGUCCAAGUUCUCGAGGAUAUUAUUAUUUUAUGCUGACGCUAAAGAUUUAUGAUGGAGUUUACGUUCACAAGGAGGUCAUUGACUCUGGAAAAAGAAGUAACAGUUUUCCAGACAUAUGUUGUAUCGGGCAAACCCUGAUAAUUGGAGAGGACACCUUCCAUGAUCUAGAUCACGUAAUCGAUGAAUAUGUCAACCCUCUGGUCUCUCAUCUCAAGACCCUGAUUAAGUAUCGGAAGUUUCGAAAAGAGACAAAAGCAAGAAUAGAUGAGCUUCUAAGGAUCGAGAAGGGUGAAAAUCCUGAAAGGAUAGUUUACUGUUUUGGGAUUUCUGAUGAACAUCCAGGCACCUUUAUACUGUCUUACAUAAGAGACAGACAUCCACAUCAUGAAGAUAUUGGUUUAUAUCCCAAGGGAUUUAAGUUCAGGGAAAUGAUGUUUGAAAACAUUCACAAGUUGGUGAUAUACUUUCAUAAGCAUAUUGAUGACCGUGGCUCUUUUGGAGGAGGUGGUUGGGGUGGUUCUCAGAGUGAAGGAGGCUGGAAAGGAAACUCAGAUCGCUCAUCUGGACCAAGACCAGAUUUUGGAGCGCCAAUACCGUUUGGUGGUCGUGGUCAAGGCGGUUGCUACAGAAACGGUGGAGCGCCAAUACCGUUUGGUGGUCGUGGUCAAGACGGUUGCUACAGAAACGGUGUGGGAAGGGGUGAUGGACAUCCAAGUGGAGCGUGGUCAAGGCCGGUGUCAUUGCGACGGAGGGUUGCAUCGGAGGGGUUAUAACAGUGUCAGACAAGACGUUACUGGAGAAGCAAGCUGGGUGAAGACGAAGGCGUCUUGUGGAAGAGAUUGUGGAAAAGCUUCUCAGGACAGCUGUUGCGGAAGCUGAUGUAGCUGUUCGCAAGUCUAUCUUCGUUUCUUUAUAUGGCAACCACUGUUUCGAUGAUUAUCUAGCACAGGCUGAUAGUUUGACAGCCAUUUUCGCUUCCUUAAAGGAUGAGGACCUUGAUGUCCGAGAAUAUGCCAUCUCAGUUGCUGGGAGGUUAUCCGAAAAAAAUCCAGCAUACGUUCUUCCAGCACUUCGUAGCCAUCUGAUAAAGCUGUUAACCUAUCUUGAACUGAGUGCAGUUAACAAGUGCAGAGAAGAGAGUACGAAGCUCCUUGGUUGUUUAGUUCGAAAUUGUGAACGGCUCAUUCUUCCAUAUGUGGCUCAUGUGCAAAAAGCAUAGGCACUUGUUGCAAGACUUAGUGAAGGAACUGGAGUAAAUGCUAACAAUUUGUUACUGGAGUUCUCGUAACAGUUGGGGAUCUUGCAAGAGUGGUACGCUGAAAUGUAAAUGUGCUACAUUUGCAGUUUCUCUAUCAAGUGUCGAUCAAAUGGUGGCUUGGCAAUGAGAUAAUACAUUCCUGAGCUAAUGCCUUGCUUUAAUGGAUGGAGCUGUGUAGCAAAACGUGAGGUGGCUGUUUCUACCCUUGGUCAAGUUGUUCAAAGUACAGGGUGUGGGACAGACUUUUUACCUUCUUUUAGGAACUAAAAUUCGUUUUUUGAAUAAUUUUACUAGGUGAUUUUGAACAUGCUAAAAUUUCUGUAAAAUAUGAAAACAUUACGAUCUUAAUUGGUGAACACCUGGUUCGACUAGAUGGAGAUACUGGAUUGCAAGUAAA